AUGGAGUUGGUCUUCCACUUUCAGCGCGCACUGACGCUAGCGCUUGUCCUUCUCUUCAGUGGGGUUCAGUGUCUGCCACAGCAGACAGGUGGAGAAUCUCCUGCCGACAGAGCGAACAAGAUACCUCAAGGUAUUAUGCCCGCAAAGGAUGGUUCCAUUAUUCUUGAUACUACAGAAACAAUCAACAACUUGAAAAUUCGCUUCCGCAUCAGUGGUCCAGCAGGUGAAUUUACAACAGCAAGCAAGGUACCCGGGGGCGGCAAGACAACAGGCGCGAAGGGCAACCUCGGGCUUCACGUCCUGCUACACGGUGACAGCGGCUCGUCUUUCUUCGAAAUGCCAAAUCAAGGCGUAAAAAACAAUUUGGCGGGUGUCACAGUACUUUCUCCGGACAGAAACCUCCACUGGGGAGGGGGUUCUGGGUUCAAUCGCACAGACGGCGUGGCGCACGCUCAAGCAGUCAACGAUCUCGUCUUCCAGACCCUGCCAAAGUACAUGGCCUUCAAUUCCUCUAAUGUCUUCUUCUCUGGGAUCUCAGGCGGGUCCCUUCUGCUUUCCGGAUACUUCAUGCCGGCGCAUAUGGGUAACUUCGCCGGGAAUGGGGUGAUGCUUGGUUGCGGUGCCAUGGAACCCCGUGUCGAAGUAUCGCAGUCCUCUCGCGACGCUCUCAUGAAAACUCGACUUCACUAUCAAAGCACCCAGAAGGAACUUCAGCACCUGCAAGGAUCAAUCUCUGCCACCAUGAAGGCGUACGAAAAGGUUGUCAAGGACAAGGGAAUGGAAAUAGAAGCAAUCAACAAGCUUCAGACAGCCAAUAACAAGCCCGUGGGAGGCCAUUGUCAAUUUGACGAGAAAGGGUUUGACUCCGGAAUCCAGCUCAUUGCUGACAACUAUGCUGCGAUUAUGCAAGGAGGAAACGGCGAAGUUCCGGGUAUUGGAAAUGUGCUCAAGGGUGUUUCCGGUCAAGAAUUGAAGUUUUCGGAUGGCGGUGCUCCUUGA